GUUUGGGUCAUUUCUUCAUCCACCACAAACAAAAUCUCUUUUUUAUAGAGGCAUUGGUGAAGCGGGACUUUCUCUGAUUUCAGCUACUGGAACCGGGUAGUUUAACCUGUUGCGCUACUCUGUGAAAUGGAAGAUCCAUCAUUUUUCGACCGGAUGAUCAGUCAUCUUCGAACGACUUGCAAGUACUAUACUGGUUAUCCGAAGGAUCUUGGACCAUCAAGGGUUAUUCAUUUUACCUCUGAGCGUGAGUUUGUCAAACUCCUUCACGAAGGUUUUCCUGUGGUUGUUGCAUUUACUAUCAGGGGGAACUAUACACUACAUCUUGACAAAGUAUUAGAAGAAUCCGCUGUUGAGUUUUAUCCACAUGUAAAGUUUAUGCGUGUUGAAUGUCCAAAAUAUCCUGGGUUUUGUAUAACUCGGCAGAAAAAGGAGUAUCCAUUCAUUGAGAUAUUUUACAAUCCAACCCAAGCAGCUAACCAGGGAAGGGUAGCUGAUCCAAAUAUUACUAAAUACAACGUGAAGGUCUUGCCUUUCAACUACGAUGUUAGUGCUUAUGGAUUUAGAGAAUUCUUCAAGCGACAUGAUAUAUGGGCAUCAGAUCCAAAGUAGGUGGAAAAGUUCUGUUUUUUAUACGUGCCAUACCUCAUCAUGCUACAUGCUUUAACAAUCUGUAAUUUCUAUAUCUUUACGAGUUCAGAAUUUGAAGACAAUUAUAUUUACCAGGAAGGUUGAUGCCUAAACCUAUAACUUCGGUUUUGUAAUUCAGUUUCUCGUCAUGGAUGUCUUUCUUUCCUUGUGUUUUAGCAUUUUCAA